AGAGGAAGUGGGGGGCGCCGGCCAGCCGUGGGGCAAUGCAACGGCCUCCUGGCACAGGGCUAUAAGAGAAGCCGGGUGGGCACGGAGGGGCAGAGACUCCGGAGACCAGCCUCACCAUGACCCUUGGCUGCCGACCCUCCUGCCUUUUUCUCACCUGUGUCCUGCCGGCCUUGCUGCUGGAGGGUCCCGCGCUGGCCUCUGAGAUUGUGGGCGGCCGGCAGGCGCAGCCCCACGCGUGGCCCUUCAUGGUGUCCCUGCAGCUGCGUGGAGGCCACUUCUGCGGCGCCACCCUGAUUGCGCCCAACUUCGUCAUGUCGGCCGCGCACUGCCUGCUGAAAGUAAACUUCCGCUCCAUGAGCGUGGUCCUGGGAGCCCAUAACCUGAAGCAGCUGGAGCGCACCCGGCAGGUGUUCGCUGUGCAGCGCGUCUUCGAAAACGGCUUCGACCCCAUCGACUUUCUCAACGACAUCGUGAUUCUCCAGCUCAAUGGGUCAGCCACUAUCAACGACAACGUGCAAGUGGCCCAGCUGCCAGCCCAGGGCCGGCGCGUGGGCAACAGGGUGCAGUGCCUGGCCAUGGGCUGGGGCCAUCUGGGUGGGAACCGUGGGAUCGCCAGUGUCCUGCAAGAGCUCAACGUGACGGUGGUGAGGUCCCUCUGCCGCCGUGGCAACGUCUGCACUAUCGUGAGGCGUCGGCGGGCUGGCGUCUGCUUCGGGGACUCUGGCAGCCCCUUGGUCUGCAACGGGCUAAUCCACGGAAUUGCCUCCUUCGUCCGGGGAGGCUGUGCCUCGGGGCUCUACCCCGACGCCUUUGCCCCGGUGGCACUGUUUGUAAACUGGAUCAACUCCAUCAUCCAACGCUCCGAGGACCACCCCUGUCCCCACUCCCUGGACCCGGCCAGCAGGACCCACUGAGAAGGACCGCCUGGGUCACCUCAGCUGCCCACAGCCACAUUCUCCAGCAUCUGGUACAAUAAACAUCCCUCUGUUUUGUAGAA